AUGGCGCCAGGCAACGCCGCGAAAGAGCCGAAAGAGCGGCGGCUAGAGCGCGUGCGUCUGAGCCAGCCAGGGAGCCGAGCUCGGCCCCUACGUGAGAGGGAUGGCGAGAUGAGGUCACCAGCUGGAGAGAUUGGCAAGAAAGUGGAUGGCAGGGCCAGUCAGCGCCAUGCAUCGACACGCCAUAGCGGCCAGAUCGAAAGCGUGACGCACUACGUCACCUGGUAUCCGGUGCCUUCCCAAGCGGCCCCCGCAGGGGUGCCGACGCCAACAGAGGCGUCAAAUGCUGAUGGAACGGAGCAGCCAGUUGUGGAGAUUGAAGUGGAGGUGGCAGAGGAUAGCACCAACUCUGAGCCGGACGAGGACACUUUAGCCGUGGUCGAGGCCAUGGAAGCGGCCCCCGAGGAGGAGGCCGACCAACAGCAGGAGAUGACCGCCAGGAUAGCAGACAUGCCUUGGAGCAAGAUGGACGGCUUCAUUAUACCAAUGGCGGCUCGUGAGACUCGGGAGACUUUGCCGACGAUACUCGACCUCAUCCUCAUAGAACAGCUUCGACUGGCCGAUGCUCCCUCACACCUCGCUGGGUACUUUGCUGGAGGCCACACGUUCCAUCAGGCCAGCGAAUUGGAGGUCGGCAACUAUAUCCUUGCCCUCACGGCUGUUCUCAUGGCACCACAUGUCGCCACCAUUCACUCGAGUGAGCUCAAAGCUGGCAGAUAUAUAGAGGCCUGGAUCUCACUGGCACGCAAAGACGCCAGUCUUCUGGAGACACAACAGAAGUUCGUGAGGCUGGCAAAAAUUAUCCACAAAUUGUGCCAGCCCAUGCGCCAGAGCCCGGUCCUCUACCAAUUGUUGAACUGGCGACGAGGCUCGCAACACUGCUUAGACGUUUUGGCGCAAUUAGCGGAGCUCGGUGACACUAUGCGAUCCACAAGCAGUGGCCCCGCCAAGCACACCGAGCAUGUGCGACGCCUUCCGCAACCAGAGCCGGAAAGUCUCCCACUACAGCAAAUGCUCAUGGUGGAGGAUGGACAGCAGGAGACGGAGCCGGAAAGCAUCGAAUCAGAGGUCCAAAUCUCGAAGGCGCUCACGAGCAUCCUACGCCAUCGAGCCAGAAAGGAAGGAGUCCACAUGCGAGAUGAUGGCUACGUGGCCCUUCGUGAUGUGCUGACCACUAGACGGCUCAAGUCUCUCCGUGCAAGGGCGGAGGAGAUUGUCACCAUUGUGCAAGACUCCGACAAGCAACGUUUUGAGCUCACGCACAUUGGUGGCACGGCCUACGUCAGAGCAACCCAGGGCCACUCCAUACCUCUCCAAGACGACCUUGUCCUUCAGGAGAUCCUUGAGCCGCCGCCCAUUGCUGCGCACGGCACCUACAAAGAGUACUACGCCUCGAUCUAUGGGCAGCGGUGA